CACAAGAUCCAAAAAAAUAAGGCUGAAGAAACAAUUGUACCUUUAAUGGCAGAACCUAAAAGAGUACCCCAAAAGCCAUGUGAGACAUUAUUGGUAGUCCCACAUACUGCAGAGGAAGUAGAAAUUCUUGUACAUAAUGCAGCAGAAGAACUUUGGAAAUGGAAAGAAUUAGGCCAUGACCUUCAUAGCAUCAGUAUUUCCACAAAACUGCUUGGCUGUGCCAGUAAGGGUCUAGACAUAGAAAGCACUAGUAAAAGGGUCUACAAACAGGCGGUUUUUGACUUAACAAAAGAGAUUUUUGAGGAAAUAUUUGCUGAGGAUCCCAACUUGAAUCAACCUGUCUGGAUGAAGCCAUGUAGAAUCAACUCUAGUUAUUUCCGACGGGUGAAAAACCCAAAUAACCUUGAUGAAAUCAAGAACUUCAUAGCAACUGAAGUACUCAAAUUGUUCAGUCUUAAAAAGGAGUCAAACUACAAAACAGAUUGGCAGAAAAUGAUGAAAUUUGGAAGAAAGAAAAGAGAUCGAGUGGAUCAUAUCCUGGUUCAGGAGCUCCACGAGGAAGAGGCACAGUGGGUGAACUAUGAUGAGGAUGAGUUGUGUGUGAAAAUGCAGCUGGCUGAUGGGAUCUUUGAGACCCUGAUCAAAGACACAAUUGAUGUUCUGAAUCAGAUCGGUGAGAAACAGGGGAGAGUGCUGCUUGUGUGACAUCUUGCAAAUAAAUGGAACACUGAGUGCUAACAUGAGUCCUGGACCUUUCUGCCUCCUGAUACGCACCCCAUCUCCAUCAUAGCAAGAGUGCUUCUGGACCUGUUCUAUGGACUGCUGGUGUGGAGCUCAUGGGACCCUGCAGGGUAGCUGGUAUUUCAGCCUUUGCCUGUGGAGACUGUCCACUGGAUUGCAGUGGGCAGGGUUACACUCCUGAUGUUGAGACAUCUCUUGUUAGCACCCCUGCUAGGUCUCAGGUGAGGGCAGGGAACACCAGAAUUACCUCUGAGCUUAGACAAGGGUAUCACUUCCUUGAACCUGAAGUCAGGAAAAGGAUAUAUAAAUAAAUUCAUCAUUAAAUGUUUGAAAUGUUUGAAAAGUCUAUACCAUGAAAGUCAUAAAUGGACACAGUCUCUAAACAGUAUUAAACCCUUAACUGCUUCUAAAAUAGGCAAGUUAAGAUUGUCUGCCUAUUUUGUUUUCUGAAGUUUAUUUCAGUUUUGUUUUUUUUUUUUGAAGAUCAUUUUCUUCCAUUAUUGCAGUUGAGCAGCUCCAAGUUAGGCUAUCAAGUCAGUAGAAAUAAAUAGCCUUGCUUUCUGAGCACCACCUAAAGAACUGUGUGACCCUUUGCAUUGUGUGGAGUUUUUCUGUCUGGGUGUGAAAACAGAGAAAUGCCCCUCUGAGGACUGGGCUCAAGGACUGCUGCAGGGCUUCUUCCUCUACCCUUUUUCACCCCUGCUCUUUUCUUACUCGUCCUGAACCUCUACCGGCUGCUCCCAGAAUCACAGAUACUCAGGACCAUCUCAGGCAUCCAGGCAUGGCAAAAGUGGAAAUAAUUCAUUUUGGCCUUCAACUCCCAUCUCUCCCCAAGAAGUCAGAGAUGCUGUUACUUGAAUGAUUUAGGAAAUGAGUGUGUGCACCAAAGACAAAAAGAUACUGUCUAUAGUUUGUGUGCUAGUUUUGCUCUAUGGAACAUUUUUUAAUUUAUUUUAAGGUAAAUUAUUAAGUUGAAAAUGUGUCCCUAUUCAGAAGUGAAAGAUUCUUAUAAUAGUUGAGCCUCCGUCUUGCACAGGAAAACUACGGUUUUAACAAACCCAUACACAUAUCGAAGAAGUCAUUAAAUUCAGUGAAAAGAAGAUAAGUAUCUCCAACAUCACCUGCAAUAGCAGAAGUGGGAUGAAAUGAUUUAAGGACACUGUAGAAUUUAAUCCUGCCUCUCUUGCAGCAUUGCUUCUUACAACCAUCACCUGUAUCUGAAAAAGUCUAUAGACUCCAGCUGCUACAUUAGAGCGCACCAGAUGCUCUCCUGGGACCUCAGUAUACCUGCCUUCCUGACUGGUUGCUCUUAAUCAGUCCUGUCCCUCUUCAAGUAAUCUAGAAGAAUGUGGAUAAUAAUAGGCGUGAAUGUAAAUGCCUUAAUCUUGAAGGCCCUGAUUAGAAGCAUGAUAUAAGACAUCCACUGGAUUCGUAGUUACAAAUAUCCUGGAAUGUUACCGCUUCAAAAUAUGUUAGAAAAACCCCAAAGAUAGUAAAGUCUCUAAGUGUGCACGUUUGUUCAUUUCUGCAUCUCUCCUCCAAAUUUGCCUUUGCAUCUUAAAUGUUUCACUAUGCACACUUCCAUUCUCUUCAGUUUCAUCGUGUCAUUACGAGAAACUUACUGAAAUAAUCAUUGGAAUACUUGCAUUUUGCACAAUGACUGGUGUGAUAGCUCUUGACAAUAAGGAAAGCACUGAUGUGUGAUGGGAUCUGGGGAAAUGCUCACAUUGAUGUAUUACCAGCAUCUCUUCUGGACCUUUGAUGGUGAGCUAUAGCCUUGUAGCCAUAAUGAGCAGAUUGACUAAGAAAAGCAAAAGUUUCUUGGGGUUACUAACCAGUAGUGUGGAAAUAUUAUUUUUAUGUGGUCAAGGAAAAGCAAAGACGUUUCUCUUCAGUUUGUGUUAUUUGGAAGACAGAAAACAUCUUGUGUACAUCCUUUGGCUGUUUGUAGGAUCAAAUUGUCCUUAUGAUACUGAAACUUUACAGCUGCUAUAAAUUUUUAUAAAUGAAUAUCAAAAUAAUAUAGGAAUAUAGAUGGUUUUCUACAUAUUCAUUAUUUGAACCUAAAAUCAAUUUUUAAUAAGAAAGUGUAUCUUUACUCUUUAUGACAUUAUGAUUCCAGAAAAGGAAAAAAAAACAUAUUAAUGUAAGUCCAUGGAAUCAAACAGUCUGGACUUAGAGUUCCCUGGUAAGAAAUGCUGCCAAGAAUGUGGCAACUGUCAUUACUGUCCCAAGAAUCCUGGGUUCCAAAUGAGAGGCAGGAAUAGAUCAGUCAUAUCCUUUGCUAGAAAUUAUCAUCCAUAGUUUGGAAGCAAAAAGCAAAGGAAUCUAUAGUUAACAGAUUUCUUAAUAUUUUAAGUAUUUGGAUCUAAUUGAGAUUGGUUUUUUUGUUGUUGUUAGAAUUAGGAAUGAUAAAUAUGGAUACCCAGCCACUCCUUCCAUACUGGGAUCUUUUUAAUCAAAUUCUGCCUCUUAACCAAGUACCUAAAUAUUCCCUCCUUCUAGUCUUCUCCUUCUCCCUACACCCCAUCCUCUUUCAGUCUUUCUCCAUAAUUCCUUUAAGAAAAAGAUCUUUGCAUCAGCAGUAAUAUCUUUUAGAAUAGCACUAUUGGAAUUUAGUAGUAAACCAACAUGUAGGCUUCAGAUUUACUUCUGAGUCCAAGAUAAUUUGUGCUACCCAGGGCAUUUAACCUGGGUUAAAUAAGUACAGGGUAUAGAGUCCCUCUUCAGGUCUAAACAGGAAUUUUUACUCUAGGGAAAAGUGGAAAGAGCUCAAAAGUAGUUAAUAAGGAAGGUUCUUUUUUCCUUAAGGAAAGGGAAAUUCCUUCUGUGACUACAGGUCUCUGAGAAAUUAUCUUUCAAAAGAGAUUUCAUUGCUCAUAAGAGUGUUGUGGCCUAUUGAUAAAAACAAUUUUGUUCACUUUCUUGUCUUGAAAAAAAAGUGGCCUUAGCUUUUUGCAAUACUUGAAUAAAGUGUGUACUCGCAAAAGAAUUUCUGUAGCACAGCAUUAGAGACUGAUAGCUUUUCUGCAAGAAAUUCAGACUUACAUCUUCCUCUUACUACCUUCAGAAUACUAGUGAAUAAAACAUUAAUUCACAGAACAAGUGAUAGAAACUACAAUGGUGUUUAAUGCAAAUUGUAGGAGUUUACAUGUUUACAAAUCAUCUUAAACUGGUUGUGCAGCAAUUCAAUAAAAUAUCUCUGUUGUAAAAAUGUGAAGGAAAAUGUAAACUGAUGUAAAGGAGGUACUGUCAUUUUACCCUGUUUAAAAGCUUUUCCUUCUGGACUUUGCAAAGCCUUCUUGGUAAACACAUUGCAAAGCAUUACCUGGGAGGUGUAGCCUCCUCGUGUGUACUGUACUGUGCAGACAUGAAAAAUAAACCCGUUUACUGUGUAUGUGUAAAUGGCCUGUCUACAGGCCACUUCAGCCAGUGUCACAUCCAGUGCAGCUCUACACAGAAGACUAAGGCUGUGCUUUGUAAGUAUGAUCUGUAAAAUAACUGGGAUGAAUUCCCAUGUACACCUGUGUAAAUAGAUUUGUUAACUAAAGUACUUUAAGGAAAAUAAAAAUCUGUAAAUAAACUGAUUUAUAAAUUAA